CAAGUCACCAGUGCCUCUUCCCGGAUAAAAAGGAAAACUCGCUGGUUUUGUAAUGCACCUUUAUCACCUAUUAUUAAUGAAAGUCCGAAAGUUCAAGAAGAAACAAUUUCUUCAUCAGAUCCUUCGAUGAAUAUUGAAGACUCCAUUUUAAACGACGAAAAGGUACAAGAAUCUUCUGACCAAGAAAUACGGUAUUCAUCAGGCUCUGAAUAUUGUCCUAGUGGUUCUGACACAACGAGUUCUGAUGAAACCGAUUAUGAAACAAAUGAUGACAACCAAGUUAUGAUGAAAUAUAUGUCUUCUGAAGAAAUACCUGUUCAAAAAUCACUGCCCAUUAAAAAUACAAAUCAUGAUAAUUUGAUAUCACAUAAUAUGUCUCCAGAAAUGCUCCUUGAGGAACUUCUACCAACUACUUCAAACUCUGUAAAUGAAGAGGGAAUACCUGAAGCAGAUGAUCUCUUGUAUGGAAAGAGACGUCGACAAAAAGAUUUUUGCUAUUUCUGCGAAAGUUUAGUGCAGUGCUUUGCCAGACAUGUAACCAGAAAUCACUCCCAAGAAAUAGAAGUCCAGAAAAUAUUAUCAUAUCCCCCUAAAAACAAAAUAAGAAAAGACUUAAUAGCAAUGUUGCGAAAGAAAGGGAAUUAUUUGAACUCUGGACAGACGCAAAAACCAGUGAAGAAAGGUAUACAAUGUAAUGAACUUCUACCGUGUUCUCAUUGCUUUGGAUUUUAUUCGAAACGAUAGCUAUGGAAACAGAAAGAAAUGCAACGAAAAUCUAACAACUAAGAAUUCUCAAGUAGAUGCCCAGAAUUUCAUGAUCAAAUAUUUAAAAAUUGAUGAAGAAUUAAAAACCAAAGUGUUCCCCAGAAUGAGACCAGAUUCUAUAUCACUAACAGCAAAGAUGGAUAAACUGAUUUGUGCUUUCGGCGCACGGUAUUUAAAACUCCAUAGAGAAGUCCACUUCAUUAAUGUUGUAUCGAGAAAAAUGAGAGAAUUGGCCCGAUUGGUCAUCGAGGCGAAAAAGAUGGAUUCUAGAUACAAAGAUUUAUUUGAAAUUCUUAGACCGGAAAAUUUUGAUUUAAUAGUACAAGCAACAAAAAAAGUUGCUAAUUAUGAUAAUCAAACAGAAUCGUAUAAAUCUGCAACAUAUGCCAUGAAUAUAAGCACAUCUUUAAAGCAAUGUUGUGAUAUCAUCAUUUUGUGUGCUUUGAAAAAAAAAGACAUAUAUGGAAAUGUAUCUAGCGCGAGUAUAGAAGCUGACGUGAAAACGUUAAUUCACUUAAUGAAUGAAAACUGGAGAUUUGAAGUUUCGACCCAGGCCAUGAACACUUUAAAUAUGAAUAAAUGGAACAAGGUAACUAUCAUACCCCUAGCGAGUGAUUUAAAACUUCUUAAAGACUACCUAGUUGACAAAGGAAACCAAGAAACAGCAAAACUGGUAACAUUAUCUGCCUCAGAAAAUGACUACAAAAUUUUAAUUGAAACGGUGUACUGCAGAGUCAUUUUGCUAAACCGAAAAAGGCCCGGGGAACUACAAAGGCUUCUGCUAAAAUCUUACCAAUGUUAUUCUACGAAUAAACAAAAUUACGAAGAGUUUGAAGGCGCAAUUUCAGCAACUGAAAAAAUUUUGUUGAAAAGAUUUAAACGUCUCGUUAUUCGGGGGAAACGAGGUCGUGGUGUACCUGUGUUGUUUAGUACAGAUG